CGAACGUCAUACGUAACAGCUGUUCCAUCUGACACGUUUUUCUGUACGGCAAUUUCAAUUAUUUUUCUUACAUUUUUUCAAAUUCUACAUCGACUUUAGCCUUUAAUUUAGUUCCUCUGAAAUCUUUUGGUAUUCAAGAUGAGUACAAUAUUGGAGAAAAUUGCUCAAAUCGAGUCCGAAAUGGCUCGUACUCAACGUAAUAAAGCAACAGCCGGUCAUUUGGGUUUAUUGAAAGCUCGCUUAGCGAAAUUGCGUCGGGAGCUUAUUACGCCAAAAGGAGGCGGCGCAGCCACUGAACAAGGCUUCGAAGUUGCAAAGACAGGGGACUCCCGUGUUGGGUUUGUGGGCUUUCCAAGUGUAGGAAAAUCGACCCUCUUGUCUAAUUUGGCGGGUGUAUACUCUGAAGUUGCUGCUUAUGAGUUCACAACGUUGACAACGGUGCCGGGAUGCAUCAAGUACAAAGGAGCGAAAAUUCAGUUGCUCGAUUUGCCCGGGAUUAUUGAAGGUGCUAAAGAUGGCAAAGGUCGAGGUAGACAAGUUAUUGCUGUUGCUCGAACUUGCAACUUGAUCUUUAUGGUCUUGGAUGUUCUGAAACCGCUGCAUCACAAAAAGCUGCUCGAACAUGAGUUGGAAGGCUUUGGCUUGCGAUUGAAUAAAAAACCUCCCAAUAUUCACUUCAAAAAGAAGGAAAAGGGAGGUUUAAAUUUGAACAUGACCGUCAGCCAAUCAGAGUUAGACUUGGAUUUAGUCAAAUCCAUUUUGUCUGAAUACAAAAUUCACAAUGCUGACAUUACGUUACGAUGUGAUGCAACUGCAGAUGACUUAAUUGACGUUAUUGAAGGAAAUCGGAUCUACAUCCCUUGCAUCUAUGUCUUGAAUAAAAUUGAUCAGAUCAGCAUAGAGGAGCUAGAUGUCAUCUAUAAAAUCCCACAUUGUGUUCCCAUUUCGGCGCAUCAUCAUUGGAAUUUCGAUGAUUUAUUGGAAAUUAUGUGGGAAUACUUGAAAUUAGUUCGAAUUUAUACAAAGCCCAAGGGACAAUUGCCUGAUUACAGUUCU